ACAGGACGGACGACCCGCCUCCAUCCCACCGCAGAACAGCCAAUGAGGCUGCAGAGCGGGGACGAGCCUUCAGAGGCAGCCUCUUAUUUCCCACUACAGUAACCCUGUAACACACACACUGGCAGUCAUGUGACAGUCAUAUAGUACAACUCAGGCAGAGCUCAGUCAGUCCAGUGUGAACGCUGCUGUUGCUGCAUGGCGAGCCCCAAGGGCAAAACCUGCGCUGGCAAAAAACUGCCCCAUCGGAUUUAACGGAUAAAACACAAACCUCCUCGCGUCCUUUGCUCUGGGAUUGUAAUUGCUGUGACUGGAGACAAACGGUGUCCUGGCUGGAGACCUUGGAUUGUAAGAGUGUUUUCCUGACGCUCAUUUUUUCCACCCUGAGAGAACACAGCAGGUGUUACUCUAUCUUAACCACAUGGGAAGUUUGGCCCCAUUGACCUUGGUUUGUUUGGCCUAACUUUCCCAGCAGCACAAGGAAAAGUUCUCUAACAAAUCAUUCUAAACACAGACUGCGAGUCCAACAAGAGACAGCAGUUUGGCACUCUCCAGGGAUGGUGGAUAACUCCCCGGUUAGUGAGGAGAUCUUUCUUCCUUACGGUGGCUCUCCACAGGCCUAUCUAUUGUCAGACAUGGUGACCGAUCUGGGCUCCUACCAGGUGAUGCCAUCACCUUUCUCCGAGGACGAUCUGAGCGAGUCAUCAAGCCCUCGUUCCUGUUCCAGCCCGGACUCCCAGGUGCUCAGCUCCAGCUAUGAAAGCAACUCUAGUGUUGAGAGCCAGGACAGCAUCCUGGAUCACCUGUUGUCCCAGGCUUCAUUAGGAGGUGCCAACAAUCUGCCCGCAGGAUCUGGGGCACCUAUUCAGCUAUCCACUUUCCUUUGGGACUCACGGAGAGACGAGCCUCCAAAACGUGAGCCCAUAAAGGUGGAAAAUUUUGACUUCCUCACCUGGUCCAAUGUGGAGCCAGAGGAACAACUUGGAGGGUCUUUCCAGCCCACACUGGAGGAAAUUGAAGAAUUCUUGGAGGAGAAUAUGGAGGUGGUAACAAUGAAGCAAGAGAUCAGAGAAAGUUGCCCAGGUUUAGGAAUGGGACUGGAGGAAGCUCUUGGUCUAGAGGUGGGCCUAGAGUGGUGCAGGGAGCCUUCUCCUGAGCCUAAACUGGAGGAAGAGGCCAAGUAUUCAGACCAGACUGUCCCCACUGCUGCUGGCUUGGCCACUGCUGACUCCUCUGAGACCAAAACUGUACCAGUUAACCCUGUCAAUGAAUCCAGCACGGGAGCCAAGAAGGCAUCAGGGAACAAAUCUUCAUCAGCAGAAAGUGGCAGUAGUGAGAUACCUGUAGUCCUACAGGUGCAGCCUCUUCAGAUCAAGCAGGAGCCCACAGCGGCACCUCUUACUCCAGCAGCCCAGACCCCACAGCCUUCCCCGGCCUCAGACAUCAAAAUCGCACAGCUACUGGUCAACAUCCAGGGUCAGACCUUUGCACUGGUGCCCCACAUCGUACCCUCCACCAACCUUAACAUUUCCACCAAGUUUGUACGCAUUGCUCCCGUCCCGAUCGCAGCCAAGCCUCUGGGGCUUGGAGACGGUUCAGCUGGCCAAGGAACAGGUAUUCUUGUUGGAGGUCAAAAGUUCCCGAAGAACCCAGUGGCGGAUCUUAUAAAAAUGCACAAAUGUAGUUUUCCCGGCUGCACCAAGAUGUACACCAAGAGCAGCCACCUGAAGGCCCACCUGAGGAGGCACACGGGGGAGAAGCCAUUCGCCUGCAACUGGCAGGGCUGUGGAUGGAGGUUUUCCCGGUCAGACGAGCUCUCUCGACACCGGCGGUCCCACUCAGGCGUUAAGCCCUAUCAGUGUCCAGUGUGUGAAAAGAAGUUCGCCCGCAGCGACCACCUAUCAAAACACAUCAAAGUCCACCGUUUUCCACGAAGUAGCCGGACAGUACGCUCGGCAAACUGACUCCAUGCUGCUGGGAUCACUGGGAUCUCUGGGACUGCUGAGCUCACUCUCAUACAGACAUAACCCUGGAGCAUGCUGUGAGGGUGAGGACGAGGAUACGUGUGUGUAUCACGCCUACUUGGAGUCAAUCUGAAUCAUUACUCAGAGGCACACAUCCCUCUGUGUCAGCAGUCUUUGAUUAUUCUAAUUUAUUGUACAAAAGUAAACCAACAGAGUUACCAUCCUGUAAUCAGCAUAAGGUUGUUGUUGCUGUUGGUGCUUCGGUACUCCUGUUUGUUCUCUUCUUAUCGCCUUCGUCAGCAGAAGAUAAGAUAAGCUUAUUUUCAUUCAGUCUAGAUCACAAGAUAGCUUUCGUAAUAGCCUUGCAUUUUAAUUCUACCUGGAUCAAAACAACUGCCUUUUAUCUUCCUGAAAGCUGCCAAUGUCUUGGACAUUCCUCAUGUUAUGGGAUGUGUAGGAAGCCCUGAAUGGAGGUCCCGGAGGAGGAUCCUCGUAAGCUGCUACCAGAGUUGUAGUUACUCUUCCAGGGGUCCACAGAGGUGUCUGCUGUGAGGUUCCUCUGAUAGCUUUGUUCUAGUUUCUGCUGCACAGUCCAGUUCAAGUUGAUGACUCAACUUGGUGUUGAUGCACAAGAAGGGACCUGUUUGAAAACGUGGUAAUGGACUACUGAUUGCAAAACAAAGAAGGGGAAAUUUUGACAAAGAUACCGGGACACUUUUGAGCCUCUGUGUAAACCUGCUGUGACUCGAGGAGGAGAGUAAGAGACAACACAAGAAAUGCAAAAGUGAAUCAUGACUGAAGGGUUAAGCGCACAGUGAUUGUUCAAUCAGCCUUCUGAUCAGUGUUAAAUGAGCUUUGUUCAUUGUUUGAUUAAGCUAAGUCAUGUGUACCUACAUGCUCCUCUUCUACUUAUUUGACUUCUCUGGCCUUACUGUACCACACAAUCCUUACUGCAGAGCAAACGGUUUGGUAAAUCAAGCCGUUCAGUGGUAAAUAUUUUCACGAGGUGUUGAGUGACUGUUGUAAGGUGUCAUAAUAUGCCUCCUUCUGUCAGUGAAUGGCCAUGGAGCUGAAUGUCUCAGUCUGCUAUUAUUAUCAGAUCUAUCAUUUUGCUGACGACUUGACACAAAAUCUGCCUCAACAGUGCUUCAUGUUACUGGCUGACACUUUUAGUCACACCUCCGCUGGCCGUUAUGUUGAGGUGACAUCAACUGACACGCUACACACCAUGGUGCUGAACUACCAGGAGGAGGAUCUUCUGAGAAAUGUUGUCACAGCAUCUCUCCUAAGGACACGGCACACUUGGUGAUGCCGUGAAGUGUACAACACCCGGCUGUGAAUGUGCUGGGGUGUGACCAUGCCGUCCAUACGUAAUUCAUGUGUGUAAAGUGAAAACAAGCAGGGGGUACACAACAUUGUACAUCAUUCCUUUCAUUCAAUUUUUGAAUUUUUAAUGCUUGUGUGAACACAGGUGUUUUAUCGCAUCCUAUGAAUGUAUGUAAAUAUGCAGGAGAGUGCAUCGCUGCAUCCAGGACUCGCACAGAGACGAUCCUGAGACCAUAUCUUAAAACAAAUCAGUGGUUGUGAAGAUUUUUAGUGUAAACCCUAUAUGUGUACAUAACAUUUCAGUACAUAUGAAUAUAUUAUAUAUUUUUUCUUUGUCCUAUCCAAGAUGCAUUUACAAAUAAAACUGAAAAGAAACAAA